AUGAGCAUGUCGUCUCGACCCGCUCCGUUUCCCGGUCCUCACUUGCCUUAUGAACUUCUUGUCCAAAUCUUCACCUCUUGCUUGCCCCUCCACCGCCGCAUCGAGCCGGAUCCGAAGACCGCUCCCAUGGUCCUGACUCAAGUCUGCGCGACCUGGCGCGACCUGGCGCUGUCUAUGCCGGAGCUGUGGAGAGCCAUCAGGCUGUACUUGCACGAAACUAAUUCCGAUACUAUGGUGGCACUACUGGAGCUCUGGCUUUCUCGGUCAGCACAACUCACCGUGUCACUCUGCAUCCGAAGUUAUGUGAGUGGACCGAUUCCCAGCGGGCUCCAGGCUGCCUUAGCAUCCUGCUCGCUGCGUUGGGAGCGCAUAGAACUCGACUUUCGGCUACAUCUCUCCCAUGGGAUCCCGCGUAUUCGUGGUCCAUUCCCUUGCCUCCGCGCACUGGCCAUUCGGGUGGACGAGGAGGACUAUCCGGCACUGCUAUGCGCCAGUCAUUCUGGCUGCGUAGACUUUCCACUUCUCUCCGCGCUAGGACUCUGCGACGAGCGCUCCCUCACCAAGGACCCAGACCUGCGAUUGCCCUCGUCGCUUGUCGCACUCUCCCUCAACCGUCAUGAUGAGCUAUUCGAGCCCUGGGACGCAUGCUUGGCACUCGUCCACUGCUUUCCCCACCUCCGCCACCUCACGCUAUCGCACAUCCCACCAUAUUUUGAGCAGGACAAAUGUGUUGGCACAAUCACGCGUCUGUCCCGCCUCGAAACACUCCAUCUCCAGGGCGACCCGCAUUUCCUCAACUUUCUCGUCAUCCCGUCCUUGAAAUCUUUCCAAUGUCUGGUUAUGCGGGACGACCAGGCGGCGCCAGUCACUGCUUUCCUCAUUCGAUCUGGAUGCAAGCUCGAGUACUUUUCGAUCGCAUUGGACUUCAUGCUCACAUCGUCCUGCGCGGGAUGCAUCCACGCCAUCCCCCCGACGUCGCUCCGCGUGCUUGAAGUCAUCUUCCGGGCUAAGAGACGGCAACACGACCCUGCUCUUGAUCCCCUUGCACACUUGUCGUUCCUGAAUCUAGCGGCGCUGUUCCCUCAUCUGCAGGUACUGCGGGUCUUUGACGAAGACGAGACAGGGCAGGGACAGCGGUUGUAUAGUCCAUUUCUUGCCAAGUUGCAUGGGCGCCUCUACCCUUCACUCCGCCGUGCGGAAUACCACACCGGUCGACCGACCCCUCACAACAUCGCCCUCGCCGAAUUGGACUCCAGGGUGGCAGAAUCCCUGAUGAGGAAUGGACUGAAUUUGCGCUUGUCCAAUGUUGGGCAACGAUGGCCAUGGGCAUGGACUCAUGAUGACGAUGAUUCGGACACAGACUACGCUCCCAUCCCACUUGGCGGAGAAGACCGAUGGUUCAAAGCAACAACCUUACGUGUCUUCCGGCCGUUUUCUUGUGAUUCAUAA